AUGAUCAAUUCCAGGACUGCGGUUGCAUUGCUGGUGUUCGUGUGUUGUUUGGGAUCCGACAUCGACGACGAGGCGGUGUUGGAUGGAUUGCCCAAGCUAGUCGAAGCCGACAUCAAAGACCUUUUGGUGAAAAUCGAACAGCAAGCAGAGUUCGAUCAGCCCGAGAGCGAACCUUUGGAACUUGUGUUAAGACACAGGCCAGACCUGUUCACCAACGUACCCAAGAAGCUGCUGGCGAAAUUGCAGCUGUUGGGCGACGAUCUCACCGAAAUCUUCCACGGUUCCACGGUCUCUCCGCACACCGGUACCAAACCUUACUCGUCUUACUUGGACAUCUUGACUCAAGACCUUCGGAGACGGGUAGAAUUCGCCGGAUCGCAUGUCAGCGACCCUGUCAACCGGCCGUGUGCUACUGCAGCAAAAGCCAGCAGCAGCAACUUGGGUGUACAACCCUCGGAACACAAUAAUAGACUGUCGUCGGCAAAGCAGCCGUGUUGGCCGUUUAAAAAAGCAUCGACUAAAAGAGGUGUCAAACAAACGACAAAACCUUGUCCGAGUACCACUGUACUUGCAACCGCUAAUGGCUCCUGCUCAAGUACAACACCUAGCAGCACUACCACGACGACUUGCACUACAAAUGCAACUACUUCCACCACCAAUACCGUCGUGAGUACCACCACAGUCGAUGAUAAGGUCAGCACGACUUGCACCACUCCGUCCUCUACUGUGUCCGUCACCCGAAACUCCAGUCAAACUACUUCAUUGCCGUUUGCCAGCACGGAAGACGUGCAACAGAUGUCUUUGUCGUCUUCUGUUAAAACCACAUCAUACGAAGUGCCGGCUAUCGUUUACAAAGUCUCAAGCGAGUCCACUGCUUCCAAGUCAAGUACACACCAAAUGCCAGUUGAAGUUUCCAAAAUCGAUGCCCCGGCCGACUAG